GGAGCUUCCACUACUCAGUACUCAGUACUCUCACGCACGUGUGAGAGGGCCAUGCUUUUCAGCGUGUUGCCGAUGUUUUUCCGCUCGUGGCGCUUAAGCCUAGCUGUGCGUAGCUUGGGGUCCGUGGGGUGUUCAGUAGAGCAGCUUGCCGGAGUUGCCUUAAACGCAGAGCAACUGCAGUACCUUGUUGAAGACGCGAAGACGCCUAGGAAACCUCAACAUACUUCAAGACGUCCGCCAACUUCAAGGGCCCUGGGCGAUGGCACCGGCACUUGGCGAUGUUGUGAUUGCGGCGAUGAGAAAACACUGGCAGAUUUCUAUGUAAGAGCGACUGGAUGCAUGCGCUCGUACUGCAAGAAAUGCCACAAUGAGAGAGUGGCUGAUUACAGGCGAACUCUCCGCGGAAAUGUAGCUGUUCUUCUUAGUAAUGCGAGGAAGCGAUCAAAGGUGAAAGGUUUGGCGUGCAGCUUGGACCCUGACUUUAUCCUAAACACAAUCCUGCGACAGAAAGGCAGAUGUGCAUAUUCUGGCGUUCAGAUGGAGGUUCUUUUGCCGCACUCAGACUGGCGCAUGUCGUUGGAAAGGCUGGAUAAUGCUGUGGGGUAUGUCCCAGAAAACUGUGUCCUGAUUGCAGCUGAGUUUAACUCAACGGAGAAGAUCAGCAGACGAGUGCCAAGUGAUCCCAACGUUCGGAUCUUCCAAGUGGUCCCUGCAGAAAGUUCAGAACGCUCAGAGCUGGUUGCGACAGUUGAACGUUGAUUUGGAAGGCUUGCAUGGGAUGAUGCAGGGUGCCCGAGAGAAGCGCCGGUCCCCUGUUGCAAUGGCAGCCUCCAAAUGUCAAGUUGCGGGACCCUUUGGGCACUUCAGGUGUUGGAGUUGCAAGGUUUGGAAGCAUGCCAGCUGUUUCUCCUUGGACAGUCGUAGGAUUUGGGGCCACCGGGGCCAAUGCAAGCAAUGCGCGAGAGAGUACGAUUUGUCCCGUCGAAUGACUUUACGUGGUCACGUCCAAAGCAUGCUGAACCAUGCGCGUGGCAGACACAAACGCGGCAAGUGGCACGGUAACUUUGAGAUUGACUUAGAUUCUGUGCUGAAGAUGUUGUGGUCUCAACAAGGGCGCUGUUUCUACUCAGAUGUUCCUAUGCGUUUCGCUCAAGUGAAUGUUGAUUGUAUGAUGUCACUGGAGCGGCUGGACAACAGCAAAACAUACACCACAGACAACACUGUGCUGGUGGCUUUGGAGUUCAAUACCGCAGAUCAUAGCAGCAGGGCAGUUUCAUCUGCGGUCUUCGGUUCAAGUCAGUGGUCAAGGAGCAAGGUGGACCACGUUUGGGAGAAUUUGGAGAGCAUAGCUGCUUCGUUGGAAG